GUUGUGUAAGUAAGUAUAUACAUGGAGCUGACGCCGCUCAACCCGCUUAACUUGUUGCAUUGCCUUGCUCUGUUGGAAUAUCAGUCAGACACCUUCGCUGGAGACAGAGUAAUACACUUGCUGAGUGUGUCAAUACAUUAAUCCGUUGUUUCUUUUUUUUUUAACACCUUAAUUUCAAUUAUACAGUUAAAAAUGACGACUAUCUCAAAAGGAAUAUUUAUUGUCGCUGCAAAACGCACACCUUUAGGCAAAAUGGGUGGCUUCUUCACUAACAAGAACAUCACGGAGUUAUCAGUGGUCGCAUCCAAUGCAGCGAUCCAAUCUGCUAAUCUGAAACCCGAACAGAUUGACCAUGUUGUUUUCGGCAACGUCUUACCCUUGUCGUCCUCUGAUGGUGCAUUUAUGCCAAGGCAUGUGCUUCUCAAGUGUGGAAUUCCUCUGGAAAAGCCAGCUCUAGGUGUCAAUAGACUGUGUGGCUCUGGCUUUCAGGCCAUCGUCAGUGGUGCUCAGAGUAUCCUGACCGGGGAAUCGAAAAUCGUGCUGACGGGGGGAGCUGAGAAUAUGAGCCAGAUGCCGUUCGUCGUGAGGGACGUGCGUUUUGGCACGGCCCUUGGCAAAAAGUACGACUUUGAGGACUCACUGUGGCUCGGCUUGCUGGACACCCACUGUGGCCUACCCAUGGGCUUGACGGCUGAAAAACUCGGGGCCCAGUUCAGCAUCACCAGAGAGGAGGUCGACAAAUUCGCUCUCAGGAGCCAUCUCUCGUGGAAGAAUGCCAACGACAAGGGCUACUUCAAAGCUGAGAUGGCACCUGUCCCUGUGAAAGUCAAAAAACAAGAGGUGUCGGUCGAAGUGGACGAGCACCCGAGACCACAGGCAAAGAUUGAAGAUUUCGCCAAACUGGCACCUGUAUUUAAAAAAGAUGGACUGGUCACCGCUGGCUCAGCAUCCGGUGUCUGCGACGGUGCGGGGGCUGUGAUUUUGGCCAGCGAGGAAGCCGUCAAGGCAAACGGUCUCAAGCCACUGGCACGUCUGGUGGGCUACUCUACGGUUGGCGUUGACCCGAGUAUCAUGGGUAUCGGUCCGUCACCGGCAAUCAAAAAUCUACUCAAGGCAGCUGGGAAAACUCUGAACGACAUGGAGCUCGUUGAGAUCAACGAAGCGUUUGGAGCGCAAACUCUUGCCUGUGCCAAGGACUUGAACCUUGACGUUAACAAGCUCAAUGUUAACGGAGGUGCUAUGGCUCUUGGGCAUCCACUUGGAGCGUCCGGAUCGCGUAUCACUGCUCAUUUGGUUCACGAACUGAGGAGAAGGAACGCCGGAAAAUUUGGAAUUGGUUCAGCUUGCAUCGGAGGAGGUCAGGGAAUCGCGGUACUGGUCGAGGCUCUUUGAGCCAACAAAGCCACAAGCAUUUGAAUAUUUUAAAUUAUAUUUACCAAUGUUAAACAAUGCAAUUAUUUUUAUUGUGAUGAGAUUGUUGAAGAAA